UCAAGCCAACAAUUCGCCAGUCCUGUUGCUCAGCAGAUGAAACAUCCGUCUCACUCUCACUCAAUGCAGACACAAACCAUUGGGCUAUCAUUUAGCAACAACGAAAGGCUAACACCUCAUUGUACCGUUAUAUCAUAAUUGAUGUGCAUGAUACGGCGUAAUGGGACUCACCAUCACCUGCUCCUUCUGUAUAUUCUGGUAUUUGUCAGUUUAGAACUUUUCUGUUGAGUUAUGCAUAAUUUGGUGAUAUUUAUGCUUUUUGGUGCGCUACUCUGUGCGCCCCGCCAGUGCUUGGAGUGCCCAUCAGGCUGCCAAUGCUUUGCUGACACGCGCACAGUGAAAUGCGUUUCCAAGGACCUUCGCGCCAUACCACAAGAUAUUCCAGGAUACACAAAGAAUGUGAUCAUCACAGGAGACAAUAUAUUCAGAAUUGGAUCUGAGACAUUUCAAGAACUGAAAAAUGUCACCAACAUCAUUUUGAGCAACAAUAGGAUCACAGAGGUUGCGUCCCACAGCUUCUCUACCCUUUCUUACCUGCGCUCCCUGGAUAUGAGCUGUAACCAUCUGGCUCUCAUCCACCCUGAAGCACUCAACAUCCCAGGGAGUCCUCUAAAGGAGCUCAACCUCAGCCGCUCCCUCUAUAAUUACACCUCCCUGACUGAUCUCACCAACGCACUGCGCUGGGGAGGCCUAGGAGGGCUGCACAGCCUAGACCUCUCCGGGAACCGCCUGGUCUUCCUACCCCCAGGGAUGUUCUCCCACCUCCCCAGCCUGCAGCACCUCCUCCUGGGUAACAACUCCCUAGCAUCGCUCUACAACGGCACCUUCAUUGGCCUGCUCCGCCUGGAGCUGCUCGACCUGACCCACAACUUUUUCAGGGCGUUCCGAGGCGAUGCUCUGGGGGAGCUGGAGAGGCUGGGGCAAGCCCCCCGCAUCCUGCUGAGCCACAACCCCUAUGUCUGCACAUGUGAGAUCCGAGACUUUGCCGUGUGGCUCAAGAGCUCCCAGGCUCAGGUGUGGGAUGCAGAAGCCCUGACCUGCGCCUCACCCUGGGAGUUUCAGAACAGGCCCCUGCGGGGGCUCGGGGUCCAAGUUAUCGGAUGCCAUGCCACUUCACCAUCUUUGGUCGGAAUCAGAAACGAGGUGGGUGACCUCUCCCUGCAGACCUCCUACGUCCUCCUGGGUCUGGUGCUGGGCUUUGUGGGCAUGCUCUUCCUCUUUGUUCUCUACCUCAACCGGCAAGGUAUUAAAAAGUGGGUGGUGAAGAGGCGAGAUGCCUGCCAUGACGUGUUGGAGGGGUAUCACCACCGCUAUGAGAUCGACACUGACCCACGCCGGGAAUACCUUUCAAAAGACGUCAGUGUCAAAGAGAAGCCACCGACAAACGGUCGUUUUGGACAGGCUCCCUCAGAUAACCGCUUAUCACAGCUACCCACUGAAACCUGUUUAGUUCAGAUCCCCUCAGACACACAGCUCAAACCAGGCUCCUUCUCGGUGGAUUUGUGAUUCCUCAUUCCCUGGAAUGGAACUGGACUGAGUGAACUUGCAUUCAGGGUUGGGUAGGUUACUUUCUAAAUGUAAUCUGUUACAGUUACUAGCUACCUGUCCAAAAUUGUAAUCAGUAACGUAACUUUUGGAUUACCCAAACUCAGUAACGUAAUCGGAUAACUUUCCCCUUAAGAGGUAUUAGAAGUAGACAAAAAUGAUCCAUAGAACACAUUUGUGUGUCAUGAUAGUGGUCUCUGACUUGUGGUCAGGCUGGCUCAGGUGGAACAAACUUAAACCUGUGCUUUUAUCAAUGCUGAAUUAAAUGUCAUUGAGAAAACAGCAAACAUCCUUUCUGAAUUUGAAAGUAAUCCAAGAAGUAAUCUAGUUUUUCAAAAGCAUCUGUAAUCCGAUUACAAUUACAGUUUUUUUGUAAUCAGAUUACAUGUAAUCCGUUUCUGCCCAACCCUGCUCACAUUUGUUAGGGACAUACCUGUAUCAUACAUUUCUGUACUGUUGAAUAUACAGUUCUACAGUUUAUACUCAUAUAAGAGAUGUAAUUAUGCUAUUUAAUGGAGAGCCUAUUUUAAGUGUGAACAGCCAAGCUCGUUGUACCUGCAUGUAGCCUUCAUGCCUUUCUUACUGUGGCCACAUUUUUACUGACUUGCAUAGAUUUAACCAAGUUGCUAUCUGUCUUUGGUGUUGUAUGUAUUAUUAUAUUAUACUUUGUGGGUCUUAUUGACACAUCUAGAUGGAACCAAAGCAAUAUAGCAUACCUGAAGGGUCUUGACUGCAAAACUAACCUUGAAUGUCUACUCUUUUGAGAAGAUUCAAUGAUUCCACGCUGCACUAAGUCAUCUUUUUGUCCUUAACUGACUUUGUAACCAGACGUGACAGGGCAAGAAAGAAAGGGCACAUAUUUUCAGAGUGCAGAAGUGAUAUGGUAUCGAAGGGAUGAAGCAUGAUAUGGUGUGGUGUAUAAACUCAUGUGCAUAAGUUACCAGUUGGAUGUAAGAUCAUUUAAAUUAAACAAUUGUAAAACC